CUCUGCCCUGAUCUUGUCCUGUUCCUCCCCACCGGUCAGAAGGAGGGUUGGGCAGCUUUCUUCAGCUGACGAGUGAGCUCCAAGUGAUUUUUAGCGAGAGGGUCCUCGUGUGAUUUCGGACCGAAGGCCGCGCACGGAGAAGAGAGGGGACCCCUGGCCCUGCUGGUGCUACCGGAGGCGUUGGUGGAGAGAUCUAGGGUGCCUCUUUUCUAGGUGCCUUUUUGAAUACCUCUGUGGUGAAGAUGUCUCACCCCAUGAACAGCUCCAUGUUGCCAGCCACUCAUCCUCCUGAACAUCAGCACUCAACGGCAGCCCCAGGACACGGGCAUGGAUCUGACAUGAUGAUGAUGGCAAUGACUUUCCAGUUCAGCUAUGAGAAUGUGCCCUUGCUGUUUUCUGGACUUACAAUCAAUACUCCUGGAGAAAUGGCUGGUGCUUUUGUGGCUGUCUUCUUCCUGGCCAUGUUUUAUGAAGGCCUUAAGAUUGCUCGAGAGUGUCUGCUCCGUAAAUCCCAAGUCAGCAUUCGCUACAACUCCAUGCCCGUGCCGGGUCCCAACGGCACCAUCUUGAUGGAGACGCACAAAACCGUUGGACAGCAGAUGCUGAGCUUCCCUCACCUCCUGCAGACUGUCCUGCACAUCAUCCAGGUCGUGGUCAGUUAUUUCCUCAUGCUGAUCUUCAUGACCUACAACGGGUACCUCUGCAUAGCGGUGGCGGCGGGGGCCGGGACGGGCUAUUUCUUCUUCAGCUGGAAGAAGGCAGUCGUCGUGGAUAUCACAGAGCACUGCCAUUAACACCAGGUGCUGCCCAGAAGCCCCACUGCUCUCCUGAAGCGCAGCCGUCAACGAGGACUGGAUCAUUCCUAAGCUGAAAGAGAAAUUAAUAUAAAGAAAAUCAACUGGAGUUCACCACGAGUUCCUAACGGGGCCGUGGGGACGCGAGGAGCUGGGGGGGGCUGCUCCCCCUCGCUGCAGGCUGGCAGCAGGGCUGACUCUUGAGGGUCCCCGUGGUAGCCAAGAAGGCUAGGGUUUGCUUUAUUCUUAGAUUAUGCCGUGAUUGAAAUUAGUUGGCUGACAGAAAUGUAGAAAUUAUUCUUUUUUAAAAAAAAAAAAUAUUUUUAAAUUGUAAACGCUUAUCUACGAGGGUUUUAUGAACAGUAGGUUGAAGAUCAAAGUUGCCAAUGGAGCCUACGUGUGUGAACAGCUACUUUAAUUUUACUUUUUUUUUUUUCAAGAUGUACAUAAUGCCGGGGGGAGGAUACCUCCCGGAUAUUGUGGCUUUUGGGGCCAAUGACACCUUCUGUUGCAGAAGGACUCAGCCUCCGAGGAAGACUUGGUGCUGCACAUCAGACACGCUCAGCUGGGUCCUGGCAAGGGAGCUCCCUGACACGAGGACGUCACCGGGUGCUGCAGGGGGGCUGGGUGGCUCUGUCCCCCAGGCCCAUCAGAGCACCAUGACUGGUGUCAAUCUGCUGCUGUCGCCAGCAGCUUCGCUCAGCUCCGAGUGGGAACGUUUGGCUUUGGCUGCUCUCGCUUCCCAAUCCUGGAAAUACACGGAGCAGACACAGGACAACAGCUGCGUAUUCACAGGAGAGAAAAAAAGAUUUUCAAGAAACCAUCGAAACCGCGUUUACUUCAUGUUGAAUUGCACCUGGAUGGAGCUAGAGCUAGACUUUUGGUUUGCUAAAACCAGUUCUGUAAAUCAGGCAGGAGUUAAAUAAUGAUUUCAUGACACUAAAGGCUAAAAUGUCUGAAGAGGGCAUUCCUUGUUUAAGAUAAAGGAAAUAAAACAACUGUGAUCCUGUAAAGGAGAGGUGUGGGGAAGAGAAGAAAGACAAGGUAGCAGCCUUUGGUCUCUUCUCAGGUGAAAUUUGGAGUAGCUUGGGCUGAUUAAAGAGUAUUCCUGACCCAGA